UCUAAUUUUCAGUUAUUUUCUCGUGCCAGAUUAUCACCAUGAGGUGUAUAAGAUCUCAGAAUUCAACAACGAUGUUAAUGGGGAGACCAAAGAGACACAACCCAUUUUUUUAGGAGAUGAAAACAUGGAAAUUAAAAAACAGAUCACAGGGAUGAGAAGAUUGCUGAACGACAGCACUGGCAGGAUAUACCAGCGUGUUGGCAAAGAAGGAGAAAAACUCAAAGAAGAGCCCCAGGAUUUGGAGUUAGUCUGGCCUCAGCGUCUGAACUCUGCUGCCGAGGCCCCGCAGGGCCUCCACCCUCCUUCACGUGGGGCAUGGAAUGAACUACCAACCCAAAGCGGGCAGUUCUCAGGGCAGUAUGGUACACGUUCUAGAACCUUCCAGAGUCAGCCCCACACCUCUGCAAGUUCCAAUGGAGAACUUCCAGGGGUGAAUUCAUCAGCUGGAUCCAACUGUUGUACUUGUAACUGCCAGUCAACGUUGCAGGCCAUUCUCCAAGAACUCAAGACCAUGAGGAAAUUAAUGCAGUUUCAAGCAGUUGGAACUCAAAACAGACAACAACCCCCAAUUUCCCUUAUAUGCUCCCAGCGAACCGCUGUCUCACGCAAGAGAAAUAAAAAGAAAAAGGUGCUUCCAAAGACUAUGGAACCUGUGACUGUGAAACCAAAGCCCAGUCCGUUGGAAAUUGAGAAGAAGCCAGCAGCCAUGGCCACAAGGCCACCCGCUCUCCAAGCCGCAGAGCACACCUCCACUGAGGAGAGCCACGUCCUGGGAUUUGGCAUUGUUCUCGAAUCGCCUUCCUCAGAUCCAGAAGUGCAACUUGCUGAAGGCUUCGAUGUGUUUAUGCCUAAGUCUCAGCUGGACUCUAUAUUGUCAAACUACACUCGCUCAGGAAGCCUUCUGUUUAGAAAACUGGUGUGUGCAUUUUUUGAUGACAAAACUUUGGCUAACUCCUUACCCAAUGGGAAGAGGAAAAGAGGACUCAAUGACAACCGAAAAGGACUAGACCAGAACAUCGUGGGUGCAAUCAAAGUCUUUACAGAAAAGUACUGUACUGCGAACCAUGUGGAUAAACUUCCUGGCCCAAGAGACUGGGUACAGAUUCUGCAGGAUCAAAUUAAACUGGCCAGAAGAAGGUUAAAAAGAGGCUCAGCAGAGGCAGCUGACGGUGAUGAAAGACUGGACGGCAUUUCUCUACCACCAACAGGUAAUGUGUUUGUCACCAGGAGAGAGACCGUGGAGGACCCAGAGCCAGGUUCCAUCGCCUAGACUUGGAUUGUAGCACACUCUUGCGUUUUCUCAAAGGUCCACGGAGGAGUUGAGGUUCCUGCAGUGUGGGUGUUCUGUGGUGGCUUGUCCUGUCUGAAUAAUUUCUUUGUAACAUGUGGUAUCACAACUCCAAUUUGGCAUAAUCUUUUCUUAAAAGAAACCAUGCUUAGAGUUGUUACCUUUUAAAAGUCCAGCGUGUGUGACCCAUCAUAAAGAAGCAGUUCUCUUCCCAUUUUUAUUCAUUCAUAGUCUCUGCGUGAUACAGUCUUUUUGAACAUAUUUAUUUGAUUGUAAAUGCGUAGCUGCAUGCAGAGGAAACCUUCUCUUUCCAGGACUGACGGAGGUUACAACGCAGCCCUAACUAACCCUUCAGCUUAGAGAAGGAAAGGCCGUUCUGGGCGAUGGGCUGGCCCUGACCUGGUCUGUGAAGUCCUGUAUGACGUCAGUCAGAGUAACCCAAAACAGUCCUUCAGAACUGAAGUACCAAUGAGGUAGGAGUUUUUAGGAAAUAAAGCACUUUCACAUAAUUUAUGAUGAUGUAGUUACAAAAACGUGAAAGUAACCAGCCGCCAAGCAGUUGAAGACGGUUUAAAUGGAGUGGCUUUGACCCUGUGUUCAUGUUCGUUCUGUAGCUUAUUUGGUCCCUCAUACACUUGCCUUCCACUUUACGUAAAAGUCAAUAUGAGAAAAAUCUGGGUUUAUUUUAAAGAAAUCUUUGCUGUGUGGAUAUUUGUUUUACAGAAAUAUUUACCUCCACAUUUGUUUUGCUAAUGAAAUAGUGCAUUGAAAAUACCACUCAUUUAGAAAACCUCGCAUUUACACCUUAUUUAUCAUGUAAAGUAAAUUGCCUUGAAUCUUGGGCACUUGACACAGAAAGCCAAAAUUGCCAUAAAAGUCAUGUAUGUGACUGUCAAUCCACCCAACCCCAGGGAUAAAAACUUCCAUGCCAGACACUUAGCCUUUCCCGAGUGUUCGUUUCAGCCGCGGGUGAGAACACCCAGUUAACGCUGCUGGGGCCGAGCCCCCCCCCCCCUGCUUUGCCUGACAGAACUGAGAAUUAGGGAUGCGGUUGCCUGGGGUCAGGUCACCCUUCGUGGCCAGCUGGACACAGAACCUGGACCUCCAGUGUACCGUGUUACCUCAUACUGAACAUGUACUACUGAAGAUGGGAGGACUAGGGCAGUACUCCACUGAGACCAGCUAAUCAAUGAAGAUGGUGUGUGAUAUCCCUGGAAUGUGACAACAUGUGAUUUUAGGUGUUGCUUGUAGUCCAUUUAGCAACUAGACAGCAACAUCUCAUAUGUGUUCCUUCUAUGUCUCCUUCUUUGGAAGUAACAGGGACAGCUUGGAAAUUUCCCAUCACAUCCUUCAGUUACUGAUUUAUGUUUCCAGCCGGUCCUAAACCCUUUGUUUUAUUGAGUGGACUGAUGAGUGGCAGACAUACCAGGACUUUCAUUUAAUUCUGCAACAGUUCCUGAAAGAAAAAAAAAAGUCUUCUGCCUCCUAGAAUGAAAUACUCCUCAAGGGAAUAGAGAAGCUGAAUUAGUACCCUUCAGACUAUGAAAUGGGGGUGAAUUUGUUUUCAGUACAGGGAGAACAUAUACUCACCACUGUAGGCCUGAUCAAUAUGCACUGUAAACCUUCAGAACACACUUCCUUCGGAGCCUCGGUGACAGCGUGGAGUUCAUGGUACUUGAGGAGGGUAGGCAUAGUUCAACUCACAGAUACGUGCAAUGGAUUCACAAAUUGGAAAGGCAGAUCAAAACUGCAACAGUAAAAUCAUACUUUGUAAGUUUAAAUUGUAUUUGUGUUAACCUACUGUGACUACUGUUCAGCUUUGUUCAGAAACCCUUUUUAUAGGCUUUCUUAGCAAAAAAAAAAAAAAGGUCCAUAUCUAUGGAUGUGUCUCAACCUUCUGUACAUAUGUUUUAUUAAUAUGUAAAUAUUCAGAUUUUUUAAAAUUACUAUGUUCUUUUAAAAAGAAUUCAAUGCAAAGCUAGUUGUGAAAAUGGUGUGUAACACUGUGUUGUGAUAUCAACUCCCAAGAUGCCCUUUAUGUCCCUUCUGGAAAAAUAAAAUAAAUUACUUUAAUUGAA